CGUAGGCAGGUCUUUCCAGUAAAGGCAGGUGUGUGAACGAGUCACAUUUACAUCAACUCCAGGAAGUUUAGCCGAUUUGUCUCGCCUACUUUCUCUCCACACUUUGUUCAACUUUACGACAAAACGGCGUGAGAACAGAUGUUGAAAACAAGUCCAUAAAUAAUAAUUCAAGGCUUCUUGUUCUAGUAUGAGAGCACAAUGGCUGUGAAGAGUUUAACAGCUGCUUUAUUCCUCUUCUGUAUCUCUGGGGUGUCAUGUCUACGCAUCGCCAACAGGUCCUCUCUGACCUGCAACCAAAUGGUUCCAUGUGAAAUUAAGAUAAAUAACUGUAUAUAUAAAGAAUGGCUAAAACCGCAGAAUUUCACUCCGACCAGUCCAGUGGAUCUAAAGGUUCGUGUAGACAUCGCGACGGAUGAGAACGGAUACUCGGUGCCUGUGAUUGUGGCAGACUGGAAAGCAAGGGAUGAUGGGAGCAUUAUACAUUUGACUGGAACGGAGUUUCAGGUGACAAAACAGGGCAGCGGUGAGCAUUUCUGCGUCCAUUACAUGUUCCUCAAGCACAUUACUACAAUGAGAAAUGAAUUAGGUGAACAGUGGUCGUUUUUUCUGGACAAGGUGGUUGUUGAUCCAGGUGAGACGUAUUUGGUGUCAGUCUCCAACCUCCCCAAGCCAAACAUCGCUUACACCAGUUACAACAUUAACAAAACUAUCCAGGUCCCAGGUUGUAAAAGUCCUGCUAUGCGGUCGACUCAGAUCUGUAUUGAAAACGGAGAAAACUGGAAUCCCAACAUCUCCAUGGUGAGGUCAGGGCCUCGGGACAGGAUGCUCUUUAUUACUUUUGACACCAAUGAGCAUUCUGAAAAUUAUAAAGUCCAUGUGAAGUGCAAGCAACACAAAGAAACCCAGAAUCUCACUAAGGAAAAAAGGUCCUCCCUAAAUGUCACAUUUGACCUUGAAGCUUGGCCACACACAUGCUGCAGUUUCACUGUGGAGAUCCAGCCCUUCUUUAAGUGUGGACAUGACUGCUUACGGAAGAGUAGGAGUUUCAAUAUAUGUCAAGACCCAACAAAGUCACCCGAAGUUGCAGAUGAUUUGUGGAAGAUUUUUACUGGGUUGUUUGUCUUAUUCUGUGGUCUUUGUGCCAUUUGCUUCAUUUGUUUGCGCUACAGGAAGCAGCAGAAGGGUCCAGAAACACUCAUGUCUUGCCCCUCCACUUCAGAUGAUCUCCCUAAUGCUGAGCGUUCAGUGCUAAUCAUCUACUCAAGAGACCACCCAAAAUAUACCGAUAUAGUGCUGAAGCUCUGUGCCUUCUUGAGGGCCAAAUGUGGUACAGAGGUUUACUUGGACCUCCUGGACACAGCGUCAAUUGGAGCCAUGGGCCGCCUGCAAUGGACGGAAUUACAGAAGCGUCGUAUAGAGCAAUCUUCUGACAAAGUGCUGGUCCUCUGUUCACGAGGAGUGCAGGCCAAGUGGGGGGCCAUGUGUGGCGGACCUCGAGUCCUCUUACGUGAGGAUGUUUGUUCACCAAUGGGGGACAUGCUGACACUCGCCCUGCAGCUUAUUACACCCGACAUGCAGCGGCCCGCCUCUUAUGGCAAGUACCUGGUAGCGUAUUUUGAGGAUAUAAGUGACGAACGUAAUGUGCCUUCCAUGUUUGACCUGGCGGUCAAAUACAAGCUAAUGAAGCACUUCGAAGAGCUCUUCUUUCGGAUCCUGGAUUUGGAAAAAUAUCAGAAGGGGAAGGUGCACACAAUCAAGGGCAUUGGCAUUGAUGACUAUAUCAACUGCCCAUCAGGCAAAGCUUUGAGGGACGCCAUUGAAACCUUCCAGGCUUACCAGUUGGAGAAUCCGGACUGGUUUGAAAAGGAGUGCUUAGACAGUGAAGAUGAGGUUCCGGUAACCGAGAUAAGCCCUAUUCUUAAUGAGUGUCCCCCACAGGUUCUUAAGUGUGAUCCUGUGCUCAACUAUGGACCCUCUGUAUGCGAGUGUAAGGUGGAGGUACACCAUGCGGACCAGACUCAUAGUGUCUGCUCCACUGAAAUACCACAUCUUAACCGGGAUUUUCAGGAAUUUUCUGUUCAAGAAGUCCAGCCAGCAUACCAGGUAUAUUCCCUUCAUCCAGCUGUGGAAGCCCCACUUGGUAUCCACAAAGCUGGGGUGUACCAUGCAGAUUCAGAGAACCAUCCCUGCCUUUUAGUUGAACCUGCACUACGGGAACCAUUACCAUCGAGUAGGAACGAGAUAUUUGUGAACGGAGAGCCACUUCCCGAGGUCUCCCCUGCCACUGAUAAAGAGGAGGCCCUUAAGAAACUACUGAACCUCCAGGUCUCCCUGGUAUCUGUUGAUAUUACAGCUCCUCCACCCUCGGUGGAUGAUCAGUUCCAGACAUCUUGGGAUAUGCACUCAUCGCAGCCAGUGGAGAUGGAUGAGAGUCAGGUGGAAGACACCUCAGGAAGGAGACAAUCUAGAUGGUCAGAUCAAGGAUAUAGCUCAAGAGACUCUAUGGUAAGGGAGGAUCCUCCUCCAUCUUCUCUUGUUGCACUGGCUAAAUUGCAGGAAGCCCUAUACCUAAACAGUCCCAUCUCAUCCGGAUUCUGCACAGAGACAAUGGAGAGUUGAUAGAAUGCUAAUACAAAGAGACUACCGCUACACUCUACAUACACUUUUUUUGUGGAAAAAGCCAUGAGUUGCAUUUGUCCAAGUCAGGGUGGAAGUAUAGCCACAAGAAUCCCAAGAGCACUGGGCAUGGUGGGAUGCCAAGUCUAUUUAAUCUACCUAAUACAAAGUUUCUUUUUUAUAAUUACAAACAGGAAAACAAUGAAAAUCAACAUACUCUGCAGAUGUUUUUAUUGUGUUUUUAUGUAUAUAACAAGAGACAAUUAACCUGUGAACUGUUGUUUGCAGAGCUUACAUGAGCUUGAUAAUGCAAAAAAUCGUGUAACAUUUUUAAUGAUAUUUUUAACAGACAUAUGGACAUCUGUCCACCGAUUUUCAUUUAAACAGGUUUUACAUUUAAUAUUGCACAUAACCUUUUUGGUUAAAACAGGUUUUCAUCACAGGGAAUCUACAAGCUGUAAUUUACAAUAUACUGGUUACCAUUGCAUGCAUUGCACUAUAAGCAACUUUUCAUGUAAAAACAUAUACGUAUCACGAAGAUGAUUUGUUUCUUGGUCUUCUCACAGGUAGAUUUAUUUAAUCAGAUUAAUGGAUCUCCAUCAGAUGGGGCUUUAAAUGUAAUACUAUAAUAGUACACUAAUAAUAACUGUAAAUUAAUAAACCUGCAUUCUUUGGUUGUA